GUUUUAUGACUCGGACAAAGCUUAUUGCCCGUAAGUCGACCGGCCACAAGUCUCCGCGAUAGCAGCUGGCCACGGGCGGCGUGAAGAAGCCGCACCGCUACCGGCCGGGGCACCGUGGCCCUGCGGGAGAUUCGGCGCUACCAGAAGCCCACCGAGCUGCUGAUCCGCAAGCUUCCUUUCCAGAGGCUGGUGCGCGAGACCGCGCAGCAUUUCACGACGGACCUACCUGCGCUUCCAGAGUUCUGCCAUGAUGGCGCUGCAUGAGGCGAGCGAGGCCUAAUUUGGGGCUGUCCGAAGACACGAAUUUGCGUCAUCUACGUCAAGCGCGUGACCAUUAUGCCCAAGGACAUCCAGCUGGCCCACCGCAUCCGCGGGGAGCGGGCUUAAGGCAUACGUUUCUAAAUAGGUUUAAAGGCUCUUUUCAGAGCCACCCAAGUGUUCGUGAAGAGCAGCUAUAUACUAAGUUCACCUGGCGUUGGUCUAUCGUCCCGUUUUAGAUAGGGUAGGGAAACUAGCACAUGGCGAUGAAGUUAUGGAGUCAGGCUUGAUCGUCUUCGGCCCAUCCUGCUUAACGACUUACAAGCUGCUAGCACAAAUCUGAAUUCACAAACUGACAUUCUUAAGUCUGUGUAAUUGAUGGGAUGGGAAUCUAGGUUUUAGAGUCGAUUUUAGUUACUAGAUGAACGCCAGGUAAAAUUAUAUCCCCAAGUAGCUAUAGCAAGGUUUUGUUUUAACUUUAAAAAAGGCCAGAGGCAAGAGACCUCGUGCUGAAUCUCGAGAUGUGUUAAGAUCCCAAGGAUGGGGUGAAGUGGAAGCAAGUUAUUUUUUUUAAAUGAAGUCUUUUCCUCUAAGAAUUGGAUAAAUUAAUUUAUAACUUACAUAUUGUAUAACACAGCACAGCCCAGAAUUGGAGUUCGAAGGAAAUAACGAGCUACUUUAAAAAACGUGGGCUGAGGUACUGUUGCAGAAACCAAAUCCAAAUGAAACAUUUCUACAAACAAAAAUAUGAGAUGAGAAAAUGAAAAAGGAAGCUCGUCUUUAGCCGGCCCUUCAGCUCUCUUCCGUAUACAAGUCUGCACUUCAAAGGGAAACCCAAAUAAAAAAGACUUCAAACAGUUGAAACUUGUCACUUCACAUAAUUUUCUGGUUAAAAUAAAAUGGGACACUUUGAUUGGCUAACAAGACUUGUUCUGAUCACCACUAAAAGAAGCGAGAGCAGAAGUCAUUUGCACAGACUCCACCCCUAUAUGGCGAGACUGUUGGAAAUUAACCAAUAAACUCUCAGUCCCGUGCAAGUCUUCAUUUCCAUACCGGUUCUAUAAGUAGCGCAUAACCAACCAGUUUUGAUGUAGCUGGAAUCACUUAUUUUAUCUUGUAGUGUGUGUUUCUGCAAGAAUGCCGGAUCCAGCAAAAUCUGCUCCGGCUCCCAAGAAGGGCACUAAAAAAGCUGUUACAAAAGUGCAGAAGAAGGACGGCAAGAAGCGCAAGCGCAGCCGCAAGGAGAGCUACUCCGUCUACGUGUACAAGGUGCUGAAGCAGGUGCACCCCGACACCGGCAUCUCGUCUAAAGCCAUGGGCAUUAUGAACUCGUUCGUCAACGACAUCUUCGAGCGUAUCGCGGGCGAGGCGUCCCGCCUGGCGCAUUACAACAAGCGCUCCACCAUCACGUCCCGGGAGAUCCAGACGGCCGUGCGCCUGCUGUUGCCUGGCGAGCUGGCCAAGCAUGCUGUGUCCGAGGGCACCAAGGCGGUCACCAAGUACACCAGUUCAAAGUAAGGAUGAGCAAGGGAGUGGAGCGGAUAACCAGCUAUUUUACCUCAAAGGCUCUUUUCAG